CUCUUUGCAACACAAAUUAUCCAAAAUUUGGAAACCUCUGAAAGAGUGUAGAAAUGGCAACAGUUCCAGCAGCAAAAGAUAAGUACAGGUCAUUCCUGGACGAUGAAGCAGAUAACGUUCAAUGGCGACAUGGUGCCCCUCCUUCAUACGAUGAUGUCAAUCAGCUCUUCGAACAAGGCCGUACCAAGGAAUGGGAAGAAGGAUCACUUGAAGAAAUAGUGCAAAAUGCUAUAAAGACAUGGGAGAUGGAACUCUCCCACAAGGUUCGAUUGCAAGACUUCAAGUCCAUCAACCAUGAAAAAUUCAACCUCAUCGUUAAUGGAAGAGAAGGAUUAAAAGGAGAAGAAGCACUAAAGAUGGGCAGUUACAAUGCAUUAUUGAAGAAUUCACUUCCAAAAGAGUUUCAAUAUUACAAAGCAGAUGAAGAGAGCUUUGAAUCAUCGCAUGAAGCAUUUCGUUCAGCUUUUCCUCGUGGAUUUGCAUGGGAAGUCAUCCAUGUUUACUCUGGACCUCCUUUGAUUGCUUUCAAGUUCAGGCAUUGGGGUAUUUUUGAGGGUCCUUUUAAAGGACAUGCCCCUACUGGAGAAACGGUUGAAUUCUAUGGGAUAGCUACUGUUAAGAUGAACAGGUUGACGAAGGAUUGAAGGUAGAAGAAGUGGAGGUAUACUAUGACCCAGCUCAGCUAUUUGGUGGCCUAUUGAAAGCUCCCCCCAUCUCCAUUUCUUCUUCACCAACUCAUCAUGCCUCUGCCUGCCCUUUCCAUUCCUCUUCUUAAUUUUACCUAUCUUUAUUUCCAUUCCAAUAUUUCAAACUUCAUAUUACUUAGGUUUGUUUUACUGUACAUAAAGUUUAAUCCUUUUAGGUUUAUGUUUGCCUCUCCUUACAGCCUUAUCUUCAAAGUUCAAACCUAAAUUAUAUCUCUAAAUGAAUAAUAUACUUUGCAAUUGCACCCCA